AUGAACAUCGCAAACGGCUUCGUCGUGACCUACCCAUCGCUGCCCGUCUACUGGCAAUGGGUCAACCGCCUCGUCCCCAACACGUGGGUGCUCUACGGGAUCGCGGCCUCGCAGCUGUCUGACCUGGACACCCCCAUCGCCUUUGGGGGCCGCACCUACGCCAUGUCAGACUUCCUGGAACGCGUGUGGGGCUACACCUACGACAUGCGCUGGUGGUGCGUGCUGAUCGUGUUUGCCAACAUGCUCUUCUACCGCGUGGCGUCAAUCCUGGCGCUGAGGUACUUCAGGUUCCUCAAGCGCUGA